AUGAAUAAACAAAUAUUUGGAUUGUAUGGUGCAUUUGCAUCUAUAGCUGGUAAUAUAAUUUCCAAGACACUUACAUUUAUACUCAACAUAUAUAUUACACGCAAUUCAGGACCAGAAUUACUUGGGAUAGGUCAAAUGAGCUUAGGACUUAUUACUAUUUUGUCUUUAUCUAUGAAUAGACUAUGUUUUCGACGAACUGCUUUAAAACGGCCUGAUGAUGUAGAUAUAUUGAAAAAAGAUCUCAAAGAUCAAAAUAACGAGCUAUGGUUUAUAAGUGGUGUGAAUUGCUGCUGGUUAUCUGUAGUAUUUUCGUUCUUUAUUACACUUAUCUUAUACUUUGUAUGGAUUUCUAAGCCACCUUCUAAUAUUAUAACUAAAAGAAACUUAUUGAAAGAAUAUAAUUUGGCAGUAUUAGUUGUAUGUAUUUCUUCGAUAUUUGAAAUAUUAGCUGAACCUCUACUCUACUUUAUUAUUAGUGAUGGACAUUUUUUUAUAAAGGCGAUUAUUGAGACACUAUCAAAUAUAUCAAGGAGCUUAUUUCUCGUAUACAGUACAUUAUCAUGGUCAAAUUCAACAAUAAUUUUAUCAUACUCUUUCAGUCAACUUAGCUACUCAAUAGUAUUUCUAACUUUGACAUAUAUAUUUCAUAGAUAUUUAUUUAUUAAUUAUAUUCCACUCAAUACUUUAUUACCUCGGAGAAUAAAAUAUGAGCAAUCACUUUUAUUUAUUUUACCAUAUCAUAAAGGCUAUCUUAGACGACUAUUUACAAUGGCAUUACAAAGUGUUGUUACUGAAGAAAUUGAUAAACUUCUUCUUUUAUAUUUUUUUAAUAAUGAAGAUUGGAGUACUUAUUCUGUUAUAUUUAAUCUUGCUAAUACUGUUGUAAGAAUACUUUUUGCUCCAAUAGAAGAUAUGGCUUUGACACAAUUUUAUACUAUAAAAGUAAUAAAUAAAGAAGAUGAUAAAACAGAGAAUACUAUAAAGGAAAAGUAUUGGGAAACAUAUAAUUCCUUUCUACCAUUUCGACAAUUUUUAUUUAUUGAACUAUUUCUAGGAAUUGUUGCUAUUUCUUUAGGAUGUCCACUAGCUUAUGAGAUACUGUUUCUUUUAUAUGGGGAAUAUUGGAUAAAUCAAGAAAUAGUGGAACUUUUCAAAUUACAGAUAUAUAAUAUAUUUUUACUAUCAUUAAAUGGCAUAAUGGAGACAUAUUUCUAUUCACAGGCUAACUCACAAUGGUUAGUACGUUUUCAGAAAUUAUCUGUAGCAUCAUUUAUAAUACAUUUGGGUCUAAUAAUUACACUACAUUCAAGAGGAACUAUUUUAUUUGUAUAUUCUAAUGGUAUAAUGUUAAUUUGUAAGAUAUAUUUUGAGUUUCUAUUUUUAUAUUUACAGCUAGAGGGGUUGUGUACAAAAUAUUCCAAUAUUAAGUGGUCAAAUAAAAAUAAAAUAUAUAAAUGUAUUAGAGUAUAUGCUCAAUUACUUAUACAAAAACGUGUUAUGAGAACUUUUAUUAUAACAAUAUUUGCAGGUUUAAUAUUUGGAUAUUCAAAAAGUUUUAUAAGUAAUAAAAUAUAUGACUCUGAAUUAGACAAGAUUUUGUACACAUUAUAUAUGGGAGCAACUACUGGAUUUAUUAUAUUUGCUACUACGUUCAAUCCUAUUUUAAAGAUUAUGAGGAAUUUUAAUUAA